AUGGCGGUCGCCGUCGGCGAAAUGUUUAUUUGCUCAAAAUUGGGGCAAUAUCUUUCGGAGAUGGAAAUUAGGACAUUUGUAAGGACACAGAAAGAAUACUUUCGGCAACAGUUACGACUAAACAAGGCCACUUUUGUAGUGAUUCGUAAUAUCCUGGGUCCGAGAUUACAAAGGCAAAAUUCGAAAUUCAGAGAUUGUUUACCGCCCGAGAAAGUUCUUGCUUUGGGACUGUAUCGCUUCGCUCACGGAAAUUCGUAUUUGACCACUGCACCAGUGUUUAAUGUGGGAAAAUCGACUGUAAUUGAGGCAGUGCAAGAUGUCGUAAAUGGUCUCUACGAAGUGCGCAACGAACACAUCAAAUGUCCGGAGACAAUUGCUGAAGUAAAUGCAGCUAUGCAGACAUGUACAAAUCUCACAAAUCUGCCCAAUGUUGUGGGUGCUAUAGAUGGGUCACAUAUAUUUCUUGAUUUUGCUUGUGGAUUUCCCGGAAGCAUGCACGACGCUCGUGUUUUACGGCGCAGUACGUUGUUUAGGAGAGCGGAACACGGGGAUAUUCUUACAGCACCAGCAACGCUUAUCAAUGGCCGUGAAAUACGUCCUUAUCUACUAGGAGAUAGUGCCUACCCUCUCUGCCCUUGGUUAAUGAAGCCUUACCCUGAAGGCACAAGGGAUCCUGACGAAAUGAACUUUAACAGGCAGCUUUCUUCUGCCAGAGUUAGAGUAGAAUGUACCUUUGGUGUUCUUAAAAGUUGGUGGAGAAUUCUUCAAAAGCGCUUCGACAGUAGCAUCGACUUUGCAGUAAGAAAUGCAAUUGCCUGCGCUGUGCUACACAACAUUUGUAUCAGAAAUCGUGAUGAAUGGGAAGAAGACGAUGGAGAUGAUGAUCAACAUCCCUAUAAUCCUGCGUCCAAUGUUAUGCGUGACGCGGAUGACAUGAGGGAAUUUCUCAAAGACUAUAUUGCCUAAAAUGACUACUCUAUGCUUAUCCUGGC